AUGGAAGCUAUGUUAUCUUCCUCUGUUACUUCACUUCACAUCCCAACACCUCUAGAAACCCCAACCCCAUUCAAAAAAUCCAUCUUUUUCAACUCACAAUUGCAUUCAACCCUUCCAUUGUUUACCAAAAACAAUUCAAAAUUCAAGCUUCUCACUGCCUUAUCACCUUCUCCAUUAACAGAUGAAAAGAGUAAUCUUCAAGUGGAUGAUGAGGCAGAAGGUGAAACAGGUUCUGAGAAAUUUGAUUGGUACUCACAGUGGUACCCUUUGAUGCCAAUUUGUGAUCUUGAUAAAAGGGCACCUCAUGGGAAGAAGGUUAUGGGGAUUGAUGUGGUUGUGUGGUGGGAUAGGAAUGAAGGUGCAUGGCAAGUGUUUGAUGAUGCGUGUCCUCAUAGAUUGGCACCUUUGUCUGAAGGAAGGAUUGAUCAAUGGGGUAGGUUGCAGUGUGUGUAUCAUGGUUGGUGUUUUAAUGGAUCCGGCGAUUGCAAGUUCAUUCCUCAGGCACCUCUCGAUGGACCUCCGAUUCAUACAUCCAAGAAAGCAUGUGUAGCUGCUUACCCAAGCAUUGUGCAGAAUGAUAUCUUGUGGUUUUGGCCGAAUACUGAUCCUCAAUACAAAGAUAUUAUUACAAGAAAAAAGCCACCAUUCAUGCCAGAAAUCGAUGAUCCAUCCUUUACUAGCUUAAUGGGAAACCGAGAUAUUGCUUACGGGUAUGAAGUAUUGAUUGAAAACCUCAUGGACCCUUCGCAUGUUCCAUAUGCACAUUAUGGAUUAAUGAAAACUCCACAACCAAAAGUGAAAGCUGAUAGAGAAGGAGGAAGACCACUUGAAUUGUCAAUUGAAAAGUUAGAUAUCAAUGGUUUCACUGCAAAUCAGGGUUGGAGCAAAAGUAAAUUUAUGCCACCAAGCAUCUUUUAUGCAUAUAAUGAUCCAGAUAAACCUGCGUCUCCGGAUGAAUCUAAGAAAUCAUCGGUUCAGAGGAAAUUUUCUUUGAUCUUUAUUUGUGUUCCUGUUAGUCCGGGUAAUAGCAGACUGAUUUGGUGCUUCCCAAGAAACUUUGGACUGUGGAUUGACAAAAUUGUACCGCGAUGGAUGUUUCAUGUUGGACAAAACUUGAUUCUAGAUUCAGAUUUAUAUCUUCUGCAUGUUGAGGAAAAGAAAAUAAUGGAUGUUGGUCAAGCAAAUUGGCAUAAGGCCUGUUUUGUGCCAACAAAAGCCGAUGCUCUUGUGAUUGGUUUUAGAAAGUGGUUAAAGAAAUAUGCAGGCGGUGAAGUUGAAUGGAGAGGAAAAUAUAGUGGCGCUCUUCCUCCUACACCUCCUAGAGAACAGCUUAUGGACAGAUACUGGAGCCAUGUGGUGAAUUGUAAGAGUUGCAAUUUGGCAUAUAAGAGCCUCAAUGUGGUGGAAGUGAUGUUGCAGAUCAUAUCUGUUGCUUCAAUUGGGAUUGUUGCCAUAAUGAAGCAGGGUAUGGUUUCAGCUGCAACAAGAAAUUCAAUGGUUGUGCUGGCAGUACUUUCAUUUGCGCUGUCGCGGUUGUUAGCUCACUUCAUAUACAAAAACUUCCGUUAUCAUGACUACAACCACGCCUUUCGCUGA